CGCCAGUUCACUGGCCAACUACAGCGCGACUUUUAUGCCGUAAAGCGUGACGGUCAUCAGCUCUUCGGUUCACAGGCGUACAAAACAUUAUUUCAUUGGAAGGGAUUGUCGCCAUUGUCGAUGGUGCCGCGAAAUUCACAAUGUCAGUCCCUGCUUUGCUCAUCCUCUAUGGGAGCCAGACCGGGACGGCCCAGGACACGGCUCAGAGGAUUGCGAGGCAGGCGCUGAGAAGGCGUCUCAAAAUGCAUUUCUCAGCUCUUGAUGACUACAAUGUUGCUAACUUGAUCUCUGAGUCACUGGUUGUUUUUGUCUGCUCAACCACUGGCCAAGGAGACCCUCCCGACAACAUGAAGAACUUCUGGAGGUUUCUCUUCAGGAAAUCUUUACCGGUCGGAUCUCUGUGCCAGCUGGACUGUGCCGUCCUGGGCCUCGGGGACUCCUCUUACCCAAAGUUCAAUUUUGUGGCCAAGAAGCUUCACAAGCGCCUUGCACAGUUGGGUGCCACUCUGCUGCUGCCUGUCGGACUAGCGGAUGACCAGCAUGACCUGGGGCCCGAUGUGGUGAUCGAUGUAUGGCUAACAUCAUUUUGGGAAAAAGUGUUUGCUCUGUACCCACGUUUUGCAGAUAGGAUCCCACUGAGGGACGAUGAGCCGCUUCCACCAACUUACACUUUUAACUUCCUGGAUGAUAUAAAUGAGAAGACGGAUGACUGUCAAACAAUUCCUCCACAACCAAGUGGCCUCUCUCAGUCGCAUCCCUUUGAUGCCAAACUUCUGUCCAAUGAGAGAGUAUCUCACCCGGAACAUUUUCAAGAUGUGAGGCACAUGGAGUUUGACAUCACGGGAUCCAACAUAGACUUUACCGCAGGUGACAUUGUCAUGAUGCGUCCUCGCAACGCAGCCGAAGACGUUCGGGAAUUAUGCCAACUCGUGAGAUUAGAUCCAGAGGCCAGAUUCUCUCUUACAGCGACCGAUGGCUCUGCAGUUCCUGCGAGGCUUGGUCAACACCGGACGUUGCGUUACCUGGCGGAGCGCUACCUGGACAUCGGAGCCGUGCCUCGCCGCUCCUUUUUUGAACUGCUCGCCGCCUUCUCAAAUGAUGAGUUGGAGCGUGAAAAGCUGGCUGAGUUCAGCUCAGCGGAAGGUCAGGAGGAGCUGCACAUUUACUGCAACCGACCGCGGCGCACUGCGCUGGAGGUCUUGGCAGACUUCCCCCACACAACAGCGCAACUUCAAGUCGACCAUCUGCCGGAUCUUUUUCCUGAGAUCCAGCCCCGCUCGUUUUCCAUCGCCUCCUCUCGCCGGGUUCACUCAAACAGGCUCCAGAUCCUGGUAGCUGUGGUCAAGUACAAAACCAAGAUAUUUAAACCACGAAGAGGACUCUGCUCCACCUGGUUGGCCUCCCUUGACCCCACAAAAGGAGACGUUUGCGUGCCCCUCUGGGUCAAGAAGGGAACGCUGAGGUUUCCCACAGACACAAACACCCCUUUCAUCAUGGUCGGACCAGGAACGGGAGUGGCGCCUUUCAGGUCAGCUUUACAAGAGAGGACUGCUGAGGGUAAAAAUGCCAAUGUCCUUUUUUUCGGUUGUCGAUCCGAGUCCAAAGACUUCUACUUCACGUGCGAGUGGAAGGAGAUGAUGAAAGCUGGACAGUUGACCCUCUUCACCGCCUUCUCUCGCGACCAGGAGGAAAAAGUCUAUGUGCAGCACCGUGUGCGAGAGAACGCGACGCUCAUUUGGGACAUGAUUGCAAAUAAAGGUGCCUACUUCUACAUCGCUGGAAAUGCUAAAGACAUGCCAAAAGGCGUGUGCGACGCGCUGAAGUCGGUGUUCCAACAGGAGGGAGGCCUUUCCCCUGAGGAUGCAGAGAAGAUGCUGGCGGCCAUGGAGAGUUCUGGAAAAUCCCAGAGAGAGACCUGGUAAUGAUUGGCAUUCACAUUUCACAGCAGCAUGUGCUGUACUGUGCACUUACACGCCAUCCUUUCUAUAGAGAAUAGACCAUGCGUAUGUAUUGUUCCAAAAGGAUGAAAGAACUUUUCAAUCCUGACACUGCGACAAUAAAAUAAGUACCAAAACAA